AUGGGCUCCAUGAUAGAUAGCCCGCCGAAGGGCGGAUUCAAGUUAGUGCUGGAGAAUCCAUAUCUUUGCGGUGUGGCAUCAUUCUCGACUCUGGGCGGUCUCUUGUUUGGAUAUGACCAGGGCGUGAUCUCUGGUGUCAUCACCAUGGAGAGCUUUGGCGCUGCGUUCCCAAGAGUUUACAGCGACUCUGGUUUCAAAGGGUGGUUUGUUUCAACUCUUUUGCUUGCUGCAUGGGCUGGGUCUCUGAUCAAUGGACCCAUCGCCGAUCGAAUUGGACGAAAGCUAUCAAUCAAUAUGGCUGUCGUAAUCUUCGUCAUUGGAUCUGCUAUUCAAUGUGGUGCGGUCGAUAUCCCAAUGCUCUUUGCUGGUCGAGCGAUUGCCGGCCUGGCUAUCGGCAUGUUGACUAUGGUGGUCCCAUUAUACAUCUCAGAAGUAUCCAUCCCUGAGAUCCGGGGAGGCCUUGUGGUAACACAACAAUUGUCCGUCACAAUUGGCAUCCUGGUCAGCUACUGGAUCGACUAUGGAACCAACUAUAUUGGAGGCUCGCGCUGUGCCCCGAAUAUGGCUUACACAGGAGGAACAGCUUCAAAGCCUUCCUUCGACCCAUACCAUGAUGUUCCCAUCGGCGGAUGCACUGGUCAAUCCGAGGCAUCAUGGCGACUCCCACUAGCCAUCCAGAUAGCUCCGGCAUUGAUUCUAGGUAUUGGAAUGCUGUUUUUCCCAGACUCGCCUCGCUGGCUACUUAUGAAGGAGCGCGACGAAGAAUGUCUUGAUGCUCUUUCAAGACUGCGUCGCCAGUCUCGGGAUAGUCCCACGCUUCAGAACGAAUAUCUGGAGAUUCGGGCGUCCAUCAUGCUCGAGAACACCUUUGCACGGGAGCAUUUUCCCAACAUGACAGGAUUCAAGCUACAUGCUGCUCAGUACAUGUCACUAGUGACAAGUUGGUCCCGCUUCAAGCGGUUGGCUAUCGGUUGCUGCGUCAUGUUCUUCCAGCAAUUCAUGGGUUGUAACGCCAUGAUAUACUACGCUCCCACGAUAUUCGGCAUGCUGGGCAUGGACGGCAACACAACUUCACUUCUAGCCACCGGUGUAUAUGGUAUCGUCAACUGCCUUAGUACUCUACCGGCACUCUUCUUCAUCGACAAGGUUGGACGUCGCGUCCUUCUCAUGGCAGGCGCCACAGGAACCUGCAUUUCGCUUGUUAUCGUCGGGAGUAUCCUCGGCGGAUAUGGCUCCAGCCUAUCCGGAAACAAGUCCGCUGGAUACGCAGCGAUUGCAUUCAUAUACAUUUACGAUGUCAAUUUCUCAUAUUCGUUUGCGCCCAUCGGCUGGGUGCUGCCGUCUGAGAUUUUCAACUUGUCAAUUCGUUCGAAAGCAAUAUCUAUUACGACAUCGGCUACUUGGAUGUGCAACUUCAUCAUCGGCCUCGUUACUCCGGACAUGCUCGAUACCAUCACCUGGGGUACUUACAUCUUCUUCGCAGCAUUUUGUCUAGUGGCGUUGGUCUUUACGAUCUUUUGUAUUCCCGAGACACGCGGAAAGACUCUUGAAGAUAUGGAUCUCAUAUUUGGUGAUACGAGUGCUCAUGAGGAGAAGAAGCGCAUUAAGCGCAUCGAGGCUCAGCUGCGUGGUACGCCUUUUGAAGAUGACGACAUGAAACCGGUUGAUGAGCAUGAGGAGGUUGUGGAAGACCCGCCGCUCACCGUUCGCGCCGUUCGCUUCUUCGAGAGCGCUUACACCUUUGUUGGACUGUACUUUGUCAGCCUGUUUUCGCUCGACACCUACGCUGCGGCCCAGGCUUCCCAGUUCAAUGUCUACAACCGUCAAUCUGCCUCGAAGUCCAAGUCUCGAUUUGGUGUAAGCUCAGGCACCUGGGGUGGAAGCGGUGGUGGUGGUGGCGGUGGUCCUCCCGGUCCGGGGUCGGGUCCUGGCAGGCGUAUCGGAACAGUGGACGAUGUUCGAGGCCCGGAGUGUGGGGGCGGGACAUGCCGUGGGUGA